AUGCUCCGCCUCCGAACCUGCAUCCUCACCCAUCCCCCCUCUUCGCCCGCCACCCAUCCCGUCCCCUGUCUCCACCGCCUCCUCUCCGCCGCCGCGCCCGCCGUCUCCCCAGGCCCCCGAUUCGCCGUCGAGGACUACCUCGUCGACACCUGCGGCCUCACCCGAGCGCAGGCCCUCAAGGCCUCCACCAAGCUCUCCCACCUCAAAUCCCCCACGAACCCCGACGCCGUGCUCGCCUUCCUCGCCGGCCUCGGCCUAUCCAGCGCCGACGUCGCCGCACUCGUGGCCCGCGACCCGAAGUUUCUCUGCGCCGGCGUCGAGAGAACCCUGUCUCCCAUCCUCGCCGGGCUCACCGGCCUCGGCCUAUCGCGCUCUGAGAUCGCGCGCGUCGCCUCGCUCGCACCCCGCAGCUUCCGCUCUAGAUCUGUCGUUUCCGGGCUGGAGUACUACCUCCCCCUCUUUAGCUCCUCCGAGAGCCUUCUCCGGGGGCUCAAGAAAUACAAGUACUUUCUCAGUUCUGAUCCAGAGAGGGUGGUCAAGCCCAAUAUUGAGUUACUGCGGGAGUGCGGGCUAGGCACUUCCGAUAUUGCGAAGCUCUGCCUCGCUGUGCCAUGGCUGCUCAGCGCCAAGCCGGAGCGCGUCCAGGUGAUGCUGGCGUGCGCGGAACGUCUCGGUGUGCCCCGUGGAUCGGGGAUGUUCAGGCACGCUUUGAAGGCUGUUGAAUCCCUUAGUGAGGAGAAGCUCGCCGCCAAAGUGGAGUACUUAAGGAACACGUUCAGGUGGUCGGAUGCUGAGGUGGGCAUUGCUCUUCGUAAGGCCCCACUGAUGCUGACCAAAUCCAAUCAGACAAUGCAGAGCAAGUCGGAGUUUCUUAUCUCUGAGAUGGGGUUGGAACCGGCGUACCUUGCUCAUUGCCCGAAGGCUAACUCCAGCAUGACGGAGUACCUCGCCCAAAUCAAAGUGCUCUCUGAUGAGAUCACUCUCGCUUGUGUGCCCCUCUCCAACCAUGAGAUCAUCUCCUAUGUCUGCUCAGGCCACGGGGGCCCAUACGACAUUAAGCCGCGGUCGCCGGUAGUCACUGCUGCAAUGGAGUUGCCUGCAAGGUUGACCAAGCUGUCGUUCACGGCCGCGUCACCCGAGAAAUUGAGGUAUUUUGCGUCGUAUGAGGAUGAGUUGGCGAAGUUGAAGCUAAAUGAGAUGGGUGGCGGCGUUGCGGCGGCGACAUGUCAAGGAGCAUCGAGCGGCGAGGAGAGGAGGAAGCAGCCGGCGUAG